AUGCUUCCUGGUAGCAUGGCUCCGUUGAUAGACCGGCUCAUGUCGGUCCCAUUGCAAUUUGUCGGUGCUCGGCACGCCGAACAAGACACGGCUAAGAAGCCCGAAGGAUGCGUCGUUUUGACGAGUUCCGGUAACCGAGGCAAGCGAUCACGCGAGGAUGACAAUGCCGUUUUGCCAGAGACAAAGUCUGUGAAAAAUGAUGCUGUUUCGAGUCCCAAAAGACCCAAAACGAUGGCCGAGGCCGUCGCCGCGUACACCGGCAAGAAGUUCCGGAGCCGUAAACCCGACUUGGUGGACUCUGAAGACGACGAGGAUGUUGGUGAGGACUUGGGGGAGGCCGUGGGUGCUGAAACUGACGAGAAAAGUGCACUGGAAUCGCCAGAUGAUGCGGACGCAGCUUCAGCGACCGAUGAAUCGGAUGCCGAUUUCACGUCCACCGACUCUCCCAGCUCUUCUACGGUGUCAUCGAGCUCCACGCCGUCGACUCCAGAGAAGGAGCCAACCGAAGCCCAAGCUUCUACCAAAGUUUCUGAGGAUUCUACUGAUGCUACCAAAGUUCCUAAAGAUUCUACCAAAGUUACUGAAGAUUCUGAAGAUUCUACCGAUCCAGUUUCCUCCUCUCUCCCCCUGCAUUACAAGUUCAACGAAGAUCCCGCCGACCGCGGAGACAACGGGUCUCGCCGAAUCUACAAGAGCUGGCGAGAAAUUAAAGGCAAGCCUGCUGGGCUUAUCAACCACGGGGUCACCUGCUACAUGAAUACUGCCAUCCAGGCUCUCAUCCACGUUCCAGCAGUCCAGCACUACCUCAACGACGUCGCUACCUCCAAAACUGCCAACAUAAAACCAGGGCUGGUCACCAAGGUGUUGGCCGACUUGUCCAGAAAGAUGUGGGGGUUCGAUAAGGGAAAGAAUUCGAAGCCGCCAAAGUAUGUGGACCCGAAACAGAUCAUCCGUAGACUCGAUGAUAUUAAUUGCAUGAUGUCGGAAUGGCAGCAGGAAGACUCCCACGAAUACUACAUGUCUCUCUUGUCCAGACUUCAGGAGGACCUGACACCCAAGGGCAAGAAACUCAACACCCUGAUAAUCUACGAUAUAUUUGGUGGGCUUCUCAGACAGAAAGUUACUUGCAAGAAAUGCAAUCAUGUGAGCGAAACCAAGCAGGAAUUCUACGACUUGUCUUUGGGAAUCAAGAAGCGAAGUGCAGAAAAGCAGAAUUCUGGAACCAGCACAGAGAGCUCUAGCGACGACCAGACCCAAGAUAGUGGCUCCAAAAAAGCUGCAAAUUCGCAGAAAAGGCGAUACUCGAUAGACCUGUCGGUAGAGGAAUUUUUUUCCAAUGAAGUGAUUAGAGCCGAUAAGAAAGAUGCUGGAUACAUGUGUGAAAAGUGCAAACAACUUACCAACGCCCACAAGAUAAGCACCAUAGAAACAGCACCUGAGACUCUUACUGUACACUUGAAGAGAUUUAAAUUCGAUGGAAAUUCUUCAUCCAAAGUCAAGAAAUCCAUCUCUUACAACAAGUAUCUUGACUUGACCGAUUACACCACCAACCACACCAGCACCAUGUACCAACUUAUAUCUGUGAUUGUCCACGAAGGUCGAUCGAUUCUGUCGGGCCAUUAUAUUGCACACUGUUUGCAGCCGGAUGGAUCUUGGGCCACUUAUGACGACGAGUAUAUUAACAAGAUCAACGAGAAGGAAGCCAUGAGCGACGACUCUGCUUACGUGUUGGUGUACAACAAAUUGACUACGCACAAACAAACCAAAUAA